AUGCCAUACACUUCUAGUUGUCAAACAGCUCUUCAUCUCUGUUCUACCUUAACAGCAGAAAAAGUUCGGCUCAAGAGCUCUCCAGCUGAUAUAUGCGAUUUGUUGCUGAGGCGGGAAGCAAAACGACUUUCGGAGAAGGAGUUUGGUGCUUAUGUUGACCAACGUGACGCUGACGGAAAUACUGCUUUACUGUUGGCUUACAUGACUGGGAACGGUGACGUAUGCCGAUGUCUUCUUCGAGCUGGUGCCACAAUGGGUGCGAGAAAUGCCGAAGGUGCUACUAUGUUCACUUAUGAGACACCUACAAGAUUAUUGCUGUUCAGGCUGCUA